AUGAGUCAAUUUGAAUAUGCAUCAAUCCCGCCGGGGCCAGGCCAUGGCUCAGGCUGGCUUCCUUUGUUGACUGAAAUCUGGAAUCUCGAAUCCACGACAACAGCCUCAAACUUCAGCUUGCUCAACCAAUCCGACCCAUCUGCUUUGGAAAUCGAUACGCUCAUGGAGUGCGAGCUAUGUGGGAAACCAGGUCGAAAGAAAUUCUUUUGUGAAACGUGUCUCAGCGAGCGACUCUUUAUUCAUAACUCUUCCCUCAAACGUCUUAGUGCCGCUCAUGAUGUAACCGUCCAGAAAGCCACCCAGCUCCUCGAAGCACCCGGAGGAAUACAGGAAAGGCGGGUCCUCAAAUCCAAACGCGCUGCUCUAAUCUUGAGCAUACGGUCCCUUGAAGCAGAACGGGCGAGCUCCUUGGAACGAUCCGAGUCACUUGAAGCUUCAAUCUCAAAGAAACGAAGGGAACUAGCCAUACGGCAGAGUAGACUACAAGCAGCUCGAUCUCAGCUGCGAUACCGAUCCGCCGCACUCCAUCAACCACCCUCAGAAUGUGCCGGUCGAGCUUUUUGUGAACCUUCAGCUCAAAUAAUGGAUUUGCCUCAGCAACUCGCUUCGGUCCACCAAGAUUGGGAUGCGGUUAUCCAAGAAUUGACUCAUGUCAGAGAGAAAUUGAUCAGGCAACUGGCCAUCAUUUACACUAUCACUGUCAAUCACACAGCACCUUCCAAUCCUCGCCUUGAAAAACAAAUCUUGCCAGCUCGUGAAGAUCCCAAGGCUGUGUCGCCCGCUCUGUCAACACCUUCCUGGAGAAUACUAGGGCUGUGUUUGCCUGUUUCAACCGAAAUCAAAUCUUAUCACCAUGAAGAAAUCUCCGCGGCAACGCUCUAUACCUCUCACCUUCUCAGACUACUUGCGAUGUAUCUAGGUAUCAAGUUGCCAUUCCAAUUGAUCAUGGGCCCUUUUUUGAGCAUUAAAGCCCCACUAAACAGUUUUUGGAGUAAAAAACAUCCCUCACCUUAUCCGUUACAUCUUCCGAGUUCAAUCACGUCAAUGGUGCAUUCGUCUGGAUCUCAGGUUUCCCAGAUCGCUUUCCUCAGUGGCUUGUGCAUGUUAGCAAUCAACGCGCAUUAUUUGCUAUUGACUCAACAACCUCAACUUAUUCCGCGAUCGCUCGAUUCGAAAGACCAGCCCCUCCCUCCCCCCUCCCAAUACCCGACUUCUUUGCCGAAGGCCCAGGCUCCCGCAACUGGUUGUAAACCCACCGAAUUGCUUCGAAACCUCCAUUCUCUGUGCUUCACUCGUCCAAUCGGUCAUCUCAGUCACCUUACCGGUCGGACGUUCCUGAUGCGACCUGACGACCCUUCAAACCCCACGUGUAUUGAUUUGCAGGAAGUCAUCAAAGAAGUGCUACAAUCCAAGCCUGAAGACUCUGUUGAUGAAGGCUGGAGUAUCAUUUGAGAAAAAUCAAAACUGUAUUUAAUACGCUAUCCUUCUCACUAUUGUGCCAUAUAUAUACUUAUAUAUUUAUUUGAAGAUGUUUACUUCCUAGUUGUACAACUUUCCAUUAUGUACUUCAUCCUUAGUUCCAAGCUCGUUUUUCCUGCUCUUGUUGUACGAAAUGAUACUAAAAGGAUUACCA